AGGAAUGCAGGCAGGAGGAGAUUUAGAGAGCAUUGAGACACAAAAUGGCAUUCUUCAAGAGGUCUCCCAAAAUAGCAAACCUGAGGAAAGAGCCACCACUUUAGACGAGGAAGCAGAAAUAGAAGGUCAUUCAGCGUCCAGCUCACAUGCAGAAGACGCUAAAAAAAUGAGUGUUCCACAAAGAAAUAACUCACAAGACUCCACUUUGACGUCCAACACAGCACCAUUCACUCGUGAAAACCUGGAACCAAGUGACCUACUUGCAGAAAUAGCCAGCACAAAUGAAGUGGUACCAGGGAAGGCUAGCAGUGACAAUAAUAUCCCGCUUGAGGAAGAAACUUUCAGAAGGACCAUCCUUCAGGAUUCUAAGCUUCAGGUCAAAGACCAAGAAACAUUCGACUCCUGUGAGGUCCCACAUUUGACUGAAAAGCAAGAGAUGGGAAGUACAAAGGUGGUUAUGAAACCUCAGAGCGAAGAUGGCUCAGGUGCGCAGGCCAUCUGCAGAAAGGAGACCACCAAGGAGUCUGCUAGAAAGCAAAAGGAAAGGAACCCUUUGGCUCGACUUUUUGCUUCCAAAACUCAAGGCAGAGCAGGCAAGCAGGAAGAACCAGCAGUGACUAAGAAAGCACUUAAGACUCAAUCUGCCUUGGCCACGCUGUUUGGAUAUUCUUUGGAGAAAGACAAGAUCCCAAAGGCUAAACCCACAGUGAAAACCAGCAGUGAAGAAGGAUUAUCACUUGUAUGUUUGUCAAACUUACCAAAGUUUGGCACCUGCAAGGAAAGUGAGACCUCAGGUCUUAUUCAAGCAAAAGGUUCAGAAGCAGGCCUUCAGGAUCCAGAGGAGAAUUAUGGAAGCCACACAAGGGAUGGGCAGAGAGAAAGUUCUCCAUCCUUGGACAGUGCCAAAGCCUUCAGUGGUGAUGCGCUUCCUAUAGAGCUGAGCACAGAUAUUUCGAGUACCGUUGAAGUGAUGUCUGGAAUGAAGGGUCUUGAAGUUCCCAAACAAUCCAAUUUGCAAAUGGAAACAGUGCUCUCGGACAACAAGAAGUCCUCACUAUUUUCCAGCUUUCAGGAUUCUCUGGCAACUCCUACAGAGAACCCAUUGCAAUGUUCUACGAGCUCCUUGAUGGAAACAAAGACAGAAAUCACCUCUAGAGGUGAUCCCUAUGAUCAAGAUCUACAAAUCUUCCCUAACCAAGCUGCCAUGGAUGCUCAGUAUUUAGAAAUAAAGGCUGAAAAUGUUUCUUUAUUGGGCCCUUCAAGAGAAGACAAGGCUCAGUGUGACUAUCAAGUUCCUGACAUGCUUCUAUUUUCUAUGGGGGUAGACCGAUCAGCAAGCAUGGAUGGAAGUGGCCUGCAGUCCAUCUCUCUUGAUCUGGACACAGGGAGCAUGAAAGUCAAAAACGAAGCUUGCUCCGGUUUAAGCGCUCCAGAAAACAUCUCAGAGGUGAACAACCUGCACCAGUUUUCAGAAUCUGAGCCCAUUAGAGCAAUCACUCUUAAUAACAACGACACUCCAGGAACUGGAAAUUCUGAGAUGUUUCAGAACCCACAAUCCUGCCUUGAGCUGAGUGAAGAUGUUCUCCUCGGACUCCAUGUUGAAAAAGCCACUGCUGAUGGUUACUCCGCUGGAAAAGUGGACAUCCCUUCAUUGCUUGGAUCUCUCCAGCAUAUUCCGGAGCUCCUUAGAGAUACCAUUCAGCGUAACACUGAAGGAAGUGCGGCUGCAACAGAACAAUCCCCAGAAGAGAUGAUGUCAGCAGAGAAGAGUGAUGGGUCAUCAGGAAGCCUUCUGUAAUGCAUCUUGAAGUGCAGUGUGUUCUACUCACAAGGCAAGGUUAUGGGGGCAAAGUCCUAGCAGAGGUGAGUCUGUGGCUAAGAGCAGCAACCAGCAAAGUCCGCUCUCUUGGGUGCUAACUGGCUUGACUGUCCAUAAUUUCCCAGGUUAGAGACUGGCAACCCAAGAGAGCCACCGCCCCCCAAGGUCAAAGGUGCAAUCCAAUGACCUUUGGCCUACAACUCCCAUCAGCCCCUGCCAGCCUGACCAAAGGUGAGAGAAUAUGGGAGUCGGGAGGUGGAAGAAGGCUGGGUUUUUUUUACACUUCACGGCUCUGUGACUCUAGGAAACUGUUAAAGAACACGUUAUCUGAUUCUCUCCACGUUCUCCUUCCCCUCCACCCCACCACCUUCGUUCAAUCAGCCCCAAACUCACAAACAACCAAUUUAGUGCGUUCCCAAUUGCCUCCCCUCCUGCUCUGGAAAGAAAAAAACCCUUAAUGAGCAUCACUCUGCGAAAAGGAAAUUGCUCUCUCCGACCCUGGAGGGAGGUGAAAAAUUCGUUUACUCCUCUUUCCCUGUUCUUAAAAUAACUCAUUGCAAGAUAGGAGGUCUGAGGAUUAAUUAGAUUUCACUUUGCCUGGGAUUGAAUCCCAAGGAAUUAGUAACACCACCAGGCAGUCGAAAACAUGCUUAGCAUCUGUUUUUGGGUACCACGUUAGCCGUCCGUUUUUUUCACAGUAAAGGAAUAGCAUUUUCUGCUCCCUUUUCCUUAAGACUGAGGAAGUUUCAUUUGGGGGGAACCACACUUGGAGUCUCGUUGUGUCAGCAAAGCAACGACCUAUUUUUUCCUUACAAAGGAAAUGCUUCGCCAAUACGUGGAGUAUGGCUUGCUUAAGGAUUUGUGGAUGUUUGGGAUAUCAUUAGGUCUGAUGUUGCAAUGACUGAGAAAAUUUGUAUCUCCCUGCUUGAUGGCAAUAAAGACAAGAAAUACGUAAAAA